AUCCCGCCAAAAUCGUGCAUCCUUCGCCAGUUCUCGUCCUCCUUCGCCGCGUUCCGCAGUCCUCCACCUGUCUCGCUCUCUACUCCACCUCGUUCACUCUCUAGGGUUUUUUGUAUCUUCCGCUUUCCUCCUCCUUCGGCGCGAUUGCAAGCUCGCAAUGGCGGCGUCCGGCUCGAGACCCUGGAUCGCCGGCGGAGGCGGCGCGAAUCCCAACGGUAAUUUGCCUCGGAUUCCGGCGGUGUCGUUGCGUUAUUUACCCCUGCAAAGAGGAUUUGCUGAACGGUGGAUUAUCUCGCUUCGGUGCAUCUCUGAUGGGCAAUCCGUCAACGGAAGCGCUGGCGAGGUCUCCAGCUGCAGCUAUGGCAGAGCGGAGGAGAACGAGAGCUUUGUGCGAUGUUUCCGACAGGCAUGGCCCUACAUAAGCGGGCACAGGGGGAGUACCUUUGUGGUCGUGCUAUCGGGGGAGAUCGUGGACAGUCCUUAUUUGGAUAGCGUUCUUCAGGAUAUUUCUCUCCUUCAUGGUCUUGGGAUCAAAUUUGUAGUUGUACCUGGAACCCAUGUCCGAAUUGACCAGUUGUUGGCAGAAAAAGGUAUCAAGGGCAAGUAUGUUGGUACCUAUCAAACUAGUGAUUCUAAAUUACUAGAGGCUGCAAUGGAAGUAGCUGGAAGAAUUAGUCUUGCUAUAGAAACAAAGCUGUCUCCUGGACCACCUAUAUUAAGUCUUCGUCGACAUGGUGACAAUGACCGUUGGCAUGAACUUGGUGUUUGUGUGACAAGUGGUAACUUCCUUGUAGCUAAGAAAAGAGUAGUUGAUGGUCAUGACUUUGGGUCUACUGGUGAGGUGAAAAGGAUAGAUGUUCUACGCAUACGAGAAUGGCUCAACAAGGAAUGUUUAGUUAUACUAAGCAAUCUAGGUUGCUCUAGUGCAGGAGAAGUUUUAAAUUGCAACACUUAUGAAGUUGCUGCAGCUUGUGCACUAGCCAUUAAAGCAGACAAGCUUAUCUGUAUCACUGAUGGCAAGAUCCUUGAUGAACAGGAUCGUCCUCUUCGUUUUAUGACACUUGAUGAUGCAGAUAUGUUGAUCAGGAAACGCUCAAAGCAAAGUGCAGUAACUGAGAAUUAUGUCCUGGUUGGAGGUGAAGAAUUGAUUUGUUCUCCAGGCUAUAUUGAUUCACAUCAAGAGAAUAACCUCUCUUGGAACGAAAAAGCAUAUAAUAGAAGGUGUAAUGCAACAUUUCAUAACGGUGUUGGGUUUGACAAUGGGAAUGGUCUAUGGUAUGGAAAACAGGGGUUUGCUAUUUGGGGAGAAGAACAACCGGGUAGGUUAAGUGGUUACCUCUCUGAGCUGGCUGCUGCAGCCUAUGUGUGCAGAGGUGGAGUUCAGAGAGCUCACAUAGUUGAUGGUACUCUUGGUGGGUCCUUGCUGCUAGAAUUAUUUACCAGGGAUGGCGUGGGAACAAUGGUGGCCAGUGACGUUUAUGAGGGAACACGAUCGGCUAUUGCUGCAGAUCUUCCAGGGAUUAAAAGAGUUAUUCAGCCUUUGGAAGUAUCGGGUGUACUUAUCAAGAGAACUGACGAAGAGCUUCUCAAGCAGUUGGAUUCGUUUAUAGUAGUUGAAAGAGAUGGUUCAGUAAUUGCUUGUGCUGCUCUUAUUCCCUUCCCUGAUGAUAACUGUGGUGAAGUUGCUGCCAUUGCAGCAUCUCCAGAGUGCCGGGGACAAGGACAGGGAAGCAAAAUGUUAGACUUCAUUGAGAAGAAGGCAUUAUUGCUUGGACUAAAAAGACUUUUCCUGCUUACAACUCGUGCUGCAGACUGGUUUGUGAGACGUGGUUUCACAGAGUGCCCUAUCGAUUCAAUUCCAGCUGAAAGGAGGAAACGCGUUGAUCUUUCACUUGAAUCAAAAUACUACACGAAGGAGCUCCAAAUGGAGGAAGGUGGCAUCACUAUUAGCAAAUUUGCACUAGGCAAUAGAUAAACAUGUAUUUCUAAAUCAACUCAGUUUUCAGUUUAAUUUUAUCUUCUGUUCCCUAGAUGAAUUGUUCGUAUUAAGUUUGUUUUUUCAUGGUCCUAUAAAGCUCAAGUUAAUUGGA